CUGGAACAUUCUGCCUCAUGACACAGUGAAUCUGCUGCCAGACACCGAGGAAACAUCACAACUCCGUUUAUGAGCUGAUUAAAUCACUCAUAUAAACCCACAGCGCCCGUGUUCAGUGCGCGGCGGCCAUCGCUCGGUUUGGCGCUUUUCCCGACAGACGUCAUGACGGUCGUUAAACAGUGUUUUUCUGCAGGUGUCUGUACUCUGCUGAUGGGGUGUGUGUUUGUGGCUCAUGCUGUGACAUUUGAGGUGACUGACGGAAACUCCACCUGCAUUAAAGCAGAACUCGACGCGAACUUCAGCAUCUCCUACAACACCACCAAUGGAACGAGCGAGGCGGUGUUUGCGAUGCCCUCCUCAGCAUCAGUGGGCAACAGGAGCUCGUGUGGCGGCGCUGGCGUUCCUCCAGAGCUGGUGAUGUCAUUCGGAGCGGGUCACAUGAUCUCUCUCAUGUUCUCCAGCAACGGGCAGCUCUACAGAGUGACCAACAUCAGCCUACAGUACAACCUCAGCGACCCCGACACCUUCCCACAAUCCUCCACUGCAGGGGUCGUAUCCGUGACGACGAACUCCUCCGAGAUCGCUGCGCGGGUGAACAGCACCUACAGGUGUUUGAGCUCCUCCAUCAUCAGUCUGAGCGCAGGAGUGAACGUCACCUUCUCUGACCUGCGGAUGGAGGCGUACAUGACCUCAGCCAACCUCAGCACUGACGAGAGUGUUUGCAGUGCUGAUCAGACGUCUACCACCGUCAGCCCGACACACACACCCCGAACCACCGCUGCACCCCCCGCCCCCCCACACACCCCGGAGCGGGGCAACUACAACGUUACCAACGGCAACGGCACCGUCUGUCUCCUGGCGCUGAUGGGGGUGCAGCUCAACGUCACACACUUCUCAAAGUCCCUGAACCAGACCGUCAGCGAGGUCAUGAACCUGCAGCCCACCAGCACCAGGGCCUCGGGGUCGUGCGGGGUCAAGGUCGCCACCCUGGCGCUGACCCAGGAUCAGACCGACCUCACGCUCACCUUCACACUGAACUCGACCACACAGAAGUUUCAUCUGAGCGCCGUCAACUUCUCCGCCUUCUGGUCUGACAUGACGGAUCGGUUCGAGGCGAGUAACGCCUCUCUGGAGCUGCUGCAGUGCAGCGUGGGCCGCUCGUACAUGUGCAGCGCUGAGCAGACGCUCGCUGUGGCUCCCGACUUCUCCAUCAACACCUUCAGUCUGCAGCUCCAGCCCUUCAACGUCACCGAGAGCCGCUUCUCUGCAGCGGAGGAGUGUCGUCUGGAUCAGGAGAACAUGCUGAUCCCCAUCAUCGUUGGAGCGGCUCUGGCCGGGCUGGUGCUGAUCGUCCUCAUCGCGUAUCUGAUCGGGAGGAAGAGGACACACGCCGGGUACCAGACCAUCUGAUCUUCAUCAUCAUCAUCAUCCACCGUCUGGGCUGCGAUUGGCUGCAGCUGGACUGAGAGAGGGAGUGUGUGUGUGAGCGAGAGCUGGUUCUUCCUUGCUGUGAGGUCAGAGGUCAGGGGACACUGGUGUGUGUGUGUGUGUGUGCGACUGUCGUUUUCUGUUGUUCAGUUUGUUCCUCUAAAGUGUGUAAAAAUGAUUGCUUUAGGUCAGAGGUCACGAGUGUGAUCAGGUGAGCAACCUUCACUCGUCCUCUUUAGAAAAAUCAUUCAUUUUAUUAUUAUGUUUUUAAUCUAAAAUGUUUCGGCAACACUCAAACGUCUCGUUUGUGAACAUUAACAACGAGAGAUGUAUUUCACAGCAGUUAUGAAUCGUGUUUAAUGUUUGGGUUAAUGUAUCUUUUCUUUUGUUUGUUUGUAGUUAUUUUAAUUGGCUUCAUGUAAAAAUAAUUGCAUUUAUGUGUGUGUGUGUGUGUGUGUGUGUGUGUGUGUGUGUGUGUGUGCUCAUCCAGCUGUCACUGUCUCAUGGGUAAACAUACUGAACCAUUU